AACAGAAACGUAAACUCAAUUUUGUCUAUGACUCAUCAUCUUCGUUCAGUAUUAUAAUAUACAAAUUGAAAUAGUUUCUAUUUCACUUGUUAUUUUGGUUCAAUUUUCAUCGCAACUUAUUUAUAACAUUCCGGCGUACUCUCCAACUUCAAUUGAAUAAUUUUAGCGCAUUCAAGAAUAAUAUUUUCAUUGUAACUGUCGCGGUUUUGGCAAGAUAUGGAGAAACGCCAUAAAAUUGUGAUUGACAAUGACGCCGGUGGUGACGAUGCCAUGGCCAUAUUUCUAGCUUUGUUAUACGAAAAACAUUAUAAUGGCCCUCAGUUGGUAGCUUUGACCACGGGUAAUGGUAACACUGGAGAAGACAACGUCUACACUAACAACCAGAGGAUACUGAAAGUGGCUAAGAGGCAAGAUGUACCAAUAUAUCGUGGUUCCAAGAACUCGCUAGUGACAACACCAGAUGUUGGUUUUUACUACGGCCAUGAUGGUUUGGGAGACACAGGGGAGACGCCAUCUGACCUGGUGCCGGCUCAGGCAGAAAAUGCCGUCAACGCUUUGUUAAGACUCUCUGAAACGUACAAAGAUGAAUUGUCAGUGAUCACGAUUGGUACUCUGACCAAUGUGGCUCUUGCUCUGAAACUGGACCCUGGGUUUAUAGACAGAAUAGGCCAUCUUUACGUAGGAGCUGGACUUAUUCAUGAUGAGGAAAAUAACGAACCUGAGUUCAAUGCCCACAUGGACGUCGAGGCCUAUCACGUUGUAGUCCAAAAUGCCAAGCCGGAUAAGGUGACUUUCAUGCCGUUUUCACAAGUGAAGAAACAUCUGAAUCUUAGCCGAGAAUGGCGGGAAAACGUACUUGGAGUCAUAGAUACCGACAUAAUGAGACAUCAGAAUCUUUACGAGCAAGUGUCCCUAAAGGUCAGUGACCGCUGGCAAGCCCUUGACCCAGCAGUGGUGGCUGCCGUGGUCAAACAGGACCUGGUAGAUGAGUACAAGUAUUCUAAACACGGCAUUAUAUUGUGUGGUGACAAAAGAGGAAUAAACACUAACCAAUUUGUCGGCAAAGAAGAGGCCAACGCCAGACUAAUAUAUUCAUUAAGACAUGAGGAAUAUAAACAAUUUCUAUUGGACGUUUUUAACGCAGACAAUAACAAUAAGAGUAAUGACUAAAGGGAUCUCGGCGAUCCUUUACGAUUUACAGAAAUAACAAGUUAUCUAGUAUUCAAUAAAUGUUAUUAUUUUUAUAAAAUA